AUGGUUUCCACUCGACUCCUCGCCAGCACCCUGGCCCUGCUCGCUGCGAGCGGUGUCAGCGCUGGGCCAUGCCGCCCUUCCACCACCUCCACGCUGUCUACGGUUAUCUCUGAGAUCACCUCUGCCAGUUCAGCCAGUGAGACGUCCACCAUCUCGACCGACACUUCGUUGACCUCUACCCGCACCGAGACGGUCUCAACUGAUUCCUCCGUCGCUGUGCCUACCACCACCACCACUGCCUCGGCCUCCGAGUCCUUGACUACCACCGCCUCCACUGAGACCUCCUCCGCGACACAGCCUCCGCAGGCGUGUUCCGUCGACUCCGACUGCACCACAGCCGGGGACAUCUGCAUUGAUCUUGUCUGCGCUCCAAGCUCCAAUGAGUGCACCACCGACGCCGACUGUGACGGAGCCACGCCCUUCUGCGACGCUGGUACUUGCGUCGCAUUCGACCCAAACUCUGAGUGCAGCACCAAUGCCGACUGUCAGGCUUUGAACGGGGGCGCGAAUCCUUUCUGCGACGCUGGUACCUGUGUCUCUACUGAUCCAAACGCGGAGUGCGUCACCAAUGCAGACUGCGAUGGAGCUACGCCCUUUUGUGAUGCCGGUAACUGCAUCUUUAUCCCCUAA